AGUGUAAAUAUGAUUUGCUCAACAUGUAAACAACAAACAGUAAUGUGCGAAAAUAACGUAUUUUUAUCUAGUCGUUUUGCUUCCGUCUGAAUAUUUGGAAAAUAUGAGCGUCAAAACGGGUUCCAACGUGUGUCCUACCACGGAAGAAAGAUCUGGAACUGUCCGGGAAGUCGGAUCUCAAGCUGUCUGGAGCCUGUCAUCCUGCAAACCUGGAUUUGGCGUAGAACAGCUAAGGGACAAUUCUAUGGAAACCUAUUGGCAAUCCGAUGGUCAGCUGCCGCACCUCGUGAACAUCCAAUUCCCUCGCAAAACUACCGUUAAUCAGAUUUACAUCUAUUCGGAUUACAAGCUCGAUGAAAGCUAUACCCCUAGUCGGAUCUCGAUUCGGUGCGGCACUCAUUUUAAUGAUCUGCAGGAAAUUGAAGUUGUAGACCUCUGCGAACCUUCCGGUUGGGUUUGCAUUCCCAUUAAAGAGGUACGCGACAUUCCAAUGCGCACCUUCAUGAUACAGAUUGCGGUGAUAAGUAAUCAUCAAAAUGGGAGGGAUACCCAUAUGCGCCAAAUUAGAGUUCAUUCGCCGACGGAGGGAACCACUUAUCCGCUUGAGCAAUAUGGACCAUUCAGCACCAUAGAAUUUCAGCAGUUUCGAACAAUACGUUGAACAUGUAUUAAAGAUUUUUUCGUUUAUUAA